AUGCCGUUAGUGAAUCACGUUGAGCCGUACAUACCCGGUACGAUUCCGUUUAGCCAGUAUCUGGAGCAGAUGGACUGGAUUUUCAUCGACAACAAGAUGACGGAUGCGAAUGAACAGAAGGCAUCGUUUCUGGCGGCAUGCGGAAAGGACGUUUACAGCGAGUUGAAGCUUCUGUUUCCUGGAAAGGACUUGAAGUUGGUGUCGUUUAAGGAGAUUACCGACGCGUUGAAGAAGCGAUACGACAAAACUGAAAGCGACAUGAUCCAGCGUUACAAGUUUUAUCAACGAAUGCAAGGUUCUACCGAAAGUGCGGAGGAUUUCAUUCUCGCAGUGAAGCUACAAGCGGAGAUGUGUGAGUUUGGCGAAUUUAAGGACAUCGCAAUCCGCGACAAGCUUGUGUGUGGCAUUCGCGACCCGGAUGUUCAACAACGUUUGUUUGAUGAGGAAGGUCUGACGCUAGCCAAGGCGGAGAAGAUCAUCAUCAACAGGGAGCUAGCUGGAGUGAAUCGAAAGCUGGUUUCUCGUGAGUCCGGUCGAGUGAGUGUGUUGAACAGGCUUGGUAAGCGAGAAGAGCGUGUUGUGUCACGUAGUAGAUCCCGUGGUAGAAGUCGUGGACCAAAUAAGCGUUUUAGGAGCCGUAGUCGUUCUGGUUCGUUUGAUCGUGGACAUCGUUCUUCAUCCCGAUCGCAGAAGUUUCACUGCAGUUACUGUGGCAGAGAUGGUCACACACGUCGUUUCUGCUAUGACUUGAAGGAUAAGGUGAAGAAAUCUGUGAAGUUUGUGGAUUCUCCAGCAGCAAAGCCGAAGUUGACAGAGUAUCAGAAGAGUUUGCGUCGUCGGCUGAACAGAUCUAUCUCGGAUGAUGAGGAGAUGGAUUGUGUGUUGAUCUCUUCCAUCGGAAAAAUCAACGAACCGUGUUUCCGUACAGUUUUGGUUAAAGGAGUACGAGUAGAUAUGGAGAUAGAUUGUGGAGCUGCAGUUUCCGUCGUCAGUAGAGAGACGUACGAGGAAGAAUUCGCCGAUAUUCCGUUGCAGAAGUGUACGAAGAAGUUGGCAGUGAUUAAUGGAAGUCGUUUGGUUGUUGAAGGACAGAUUCCGGUAACGGUUGAGCUGAAUGGACUGGUUGUUUUACGCUGUGGAAGCUCGUUUACACCGUUGUUAGGACGAGAUUGGCUGGAUAUCUUCUUCCCUGAAUGGAGGAAAACGUUUGGCAGUGGUGCAAACCUGAACCAGCUGUCUUUGCCGACUUCAGAGGAACGUGUCGUGGAAGAUAUCAAAAGUUUUGAGGCAGAUCUAGUGUUGAAAAAAGGAGCAGCACCGAUUUUCAAGCGUGCUUAUGACGUUCCAUUACGUUUAAAAGACAAAGUAGUCGAACUUUUAGAGAGUUUACAGAAAGAUGGCGUCAUAACACCGAUCGAUGCAAGUGAGUGGGCAUCACCGGUGAUUGUUGUAGUGAAGAAGGAUGGCGGAAUUAGGAUGGUGAUCGACUGUAAGGUUUUGAUCAACAAGGUGAUCAUUCCAAACACCUAUCCGCUGCCGUUGGCACAAGAUAUGUUUGCUUCACUAGCUGGUGCUAAAGUGUUUUGUUCCUUGGAUCUGACCGGAGCGUAUACACAGUUGUUGUUGUCGGAAAAGUCGAGAAAAAUUAUGGUGCUUCUUCAAGUGCUGCUAUAUUUCAGCGAGUCAUGGAUCAAGUUUUGA